AUGGGUGGGACGAAUGCUAAAAGAGAGCCACUCUUCGCAUCGGAGCGAAAACUUUCGAGUCGGUAUCGAAGGUUGCCCCUUAAAAAUAGCGGAUUCCUCUGCCGAACCCCGUCGGCUAGUUCUCGUUGCAGGAUCGUAGCGGCGGUCCUUGCUCUGGCCACGGUCCACGGGAUCCGAGGGGAUUCGUUCCUCGAAGCCACCAGGGACUCCAUAAAGGUCUGUCGCUCUCGCCCUCUCUCGUCGCCGACUUCGCGUCGGUCGGAGUCGGCGACGGUCUCGCGGUUCUCCCCCCGGAUGCUCCGAGACGCGUGCGAUCCGAUGCAGGAAGCGGAGAGGGAGUACGGGAAGGAGCUGCAGAUUCUCUUGCUCUCGGGGGCGAGGAGCCGGAGGCCGAGCUUCCACGUCAAGAGCACGAAGAGAUCCCAGAAGAUCGGGGACGAGGCACGCAUCCUACGGAUCGCCACCUCCAUCCUGGAGCAAAAGUCGGAGAUUCCUCGGAAGGAAGCGGAAUACCUCGUUCGUCGGGAGAUGUUCUCUUGGGAAAGGGAGGAAAGGGCUCGAUCCGGCGCACCCCCUGCCAGCUGCUCGGGCGUCCAGCCCGACUGCGCCUCCCGAGACCCCAACUACAGGACCUACUAUACCUCGUUCGUCGGGAGAUGUACCCUUGGGAAAGGGAGGAAAGGGCUCGAUCCGGCGCACCCCCUGCCAGCUGCUCGGGCGUCCAGCCCGACUGCGCCUCCCAAGACCCCAACUACAGGACCUACAGCGGAGUUUGCAAUAACCUCGGCGAGGCAGGCGAUCCGGAUGCCAUCUACUGGGGAUCCGCAGAAAUCUACUAUCGUCGCAUCAACAACAGCAACUCCUACGACGACGGUCAGCGCCGUUUUUCUUCGUAUUUUCUUUUUGGACGGAGACCCAUCUCGAUGA